UUACCGGUCGGGACUCACGGCACUUUGUUAUCGCUUCCCUUCCUGUCAAACGUGUGGGCGCACGCCAUUCUCACUCCGGGUCGCAACCUUACUCUUUGGUCGACAUUCACAAUGGCGGCACGUGCUCCUGGGCAGGAUGCCGCCAGGGAGGAGCCAUCAUGCUUCAACUGUGGGAUCAAAGGCCAUUUUGCCAUAGCAUGUCCCGAAGAAGUUCGCAAAGAGCCUGCUGGUCUACAAGCAUUCCGUGAGCGUAAAGCUGCGGCACAAUCAAAGGGUUCUCGGGGAGGUCCUGGGCAAGGUAAAGGAUCGGGCGGCACAGGCAUGAUCAUCACAAAGUACGCACCGCCGCCGCAUCCAUCACUUCCACCACCACCGCCGCCUGCUGCAGCUAUCCUAGGCUACUAUCCUCAAACCACACCGCCCCCGCAUGCUGCGCAUCCGGCCCAGUCGGCCGGCCCUCCCGCCUGGCACUACCCUCCCAGCAACUACAGCCCGGCAUAUCAAGCGCCUCCGCCGCCGCCGCCACCACCCGUGCACCAUGCACAACCCCCUUAUGAACCGUACGCUCACCCAGCAUACCCGCCAGCCGCCCCUACUGGCGGCCCGUACUAUCCGCCACCUUACGGUGCCCCUCCCCCUCCCCCUCAGCCACCGUACUACCCGGGAUCGCAAUCAACUUACAACUCUGCCGUAUAUCCACCCCCUGCUCAGGCCUCACCGGCGCCAGGAUUUCCAUACCCGCCUGCAGCGCCUGCAGUUUCUGCUAACCAGUCAUACCCAUACACCGCCCCACCACCUCCAUCAUACCCUCCACACCCUUACGAUACAGCUCAAGGUUACUAUCCGCCUCCGUACCUCGACGAGAGAGGCCGGGGUAACUUUUACUCUGGCGCACGUGGUAUUGGUCAGUCCCGUAAUCGCGGCGGCUCGAAUAACCGCGACCGUGACCGUCAUCGAGAUCGUGAUAGAGAUAGAGAGAGGCACAGGGGACGAGAUCGAGAUCGCAGUUUUGGUUCCAAGAAUCAACGCAAGGGUCUACUGCAAAAGGCGCAGACACUUCCACAAACAGGCGGAAAGACCCCACCACCGUCUGAAGCACAGAAAGACAAGUUAGAAGGCAGUCCGACCACGCCAGCAAAGGCUAUUGGAAAACCCAAGACCCCUGAAAAGGACCAAAGCCCUAGCAUUGAGGAUAUUUUGGGAUGCGACCUGGAGUCUGCGUUCACGGAGAUUCCAACCAAGCCUGCAGACCCCGUUGGGCAGCCUCUCCCGAGCGAAUACACCGAUGCUCCUACGAUACCCCCAGCGUUUGAUGCCAAGUGUCUCAAAUCCGAGUUUUUCUCGGCGGAUGAUUGUGACUCGUUCAGCCGUUCCAUCCGCGAUUCCAAGUAUUGGAAGAAUGCAAAGCACGACCCAGCGUUCAAGGCCUGGGCCGGCAUGGUCUCCCGCCGCUUCAUCAAUAGCAUUCACCUAUAUCACAGCUAUAGAACUUCCUCUGCUCCGAGCCCCGAUGAAAUUAUCGCCGAGGACGUUGUACUCGAUGAGAUAGUUGUCCAACCAUCACCACCUCGCGUGUCCAGUCCAAAAGUCUCAAAUCCAAGAUUGCCUGGUGCAAGACCUGAUGUCUUGGGAAAACAUGCAAGAAGUCCCGCUGAUGAUGGGGAAACACAGUCUUCUCUCAAGCGAUUCAAGGGCAUAGCGGGCUUGCCUCAGCUAUCUGCUUUUCAGCCGCCUUCUGGUGUUAAACGGCAUCACCAACGAGGCGAAGGUGGUAGCCAUUUGUCUCAGGAUAGCAGAGACCAUCGCCAUUUACACAAAGACUCGCCACGGUCUAGCGAGUUGCCGUAUAACUCAAGAGUACGGCACGAUUCGGGCUAUCAAAGCAACAAUUCUCCGGACAAGCCAUACGCAGAGCGUUUAUACGGCAGCUCGAGCGCGACCCGUGACCACCGAGGACAUUCAAGAUCACGGCCCCAGUCUCAAUCUCGCUCCCGAUCUCGUUCUCGCUCCCGUUCUCGUUCUUCUUCCCCGCAAACUGGACGUGAAACUUACAAGCCAAGGAGUCUCUCCAAGAACCCUUCUGGUCGACAUGGCCGUCAUGGGUCACCGAGUUAUACGAGGACACGGUCAAGUUCACCCUUGGAUGACUUUGAAAGAGAAAUUCUGGGUAUUGCACGGGAAGAGGUUCCUGAGAAGAAGGCUGUCAAGCCAAAGCGGCGUCACGACAAAGUGGUCGAAGUCUUCAGUCGCCGCUGGUGA